AUGGCAUCAUCGCCUCCCAGUGAUCGGAACUUCAUUGUAGUGGAUUUCCACUACAAUGGGACGUUUGCACCAAAUCCAUUAGUCUAUUUUGAUCCCGACAGAGCAUCCAUUCGAGACUGGAUUGAGGAUGAGGUAAGUGAAGAUGAAGAUGACAACUGCCAAGAAGAUGAAGAUUCAGUCUUGUCAGAUGCAUAUUAUGUUGACCAUGAAGAAGAUGAUGCUUUUUAUCCAUUUCCAGCCAACAAAACUGUAAAUGACAGGUUUUUAAACAAUCUUUGUCAAGAUACAGUGAAUGGAGAUGAAGAUGAUGAAUAUGUGCUACCCCAAUACCCUAUGCAUGAUGAGAGACAACCAUGA